UCUUUUUAAACAAUCUUCUAAGGUUACUUUCAUAAACGGUGAAAGUUAGUUUUGAAUUUCACCGCAAAACAGCGCUGUAAACACAUGUUUUAUGUUUAACCUUACAAUUUCAACAUCUUAAUCUGUUAAAAAAUGGAAGUACUAUCAAGACCAGCCGACGAGUUCGAAAAUGAUCAACAAUUAGAGGCUAUGUGGGCCAUGAAAGCAUUUGAACAUGCCGAGAUCUAUUUCAAUAUUAUAGCAUCAGUUGACCCCACAGCGCUUAAAUUAACACCGUUUGAUGAUACAAUCUACACAAUCUUCAGAAAAGAGUUUCCUACACUUGACAUUCAUCAUUUAAAUGAGGAUGAAAUGAAAAGUCCGGCUGGCAAACAGAAAUGGCGCAGUUUCUGCGAGAGAUUCAAGUUUGUCGACGAUUAUAGUUUUGGUACACUGGUAAGAGCAGACGCGGACAAAGAUUACUCACAAGAGAACUCAAUUCUUGUGUCUAGGAUACAUUUCUAUGCUAUUGAACUUGCCAGAAACAGAGAGGGACUUAAUAAUAGUAUAAGAAAACAUUUCUUUACAAUUAGAGAUAAUAAUGAUGCUACUGUUAAACAAAAUGAAGAAUAAUUUCGCAUAAUAAUUAAUUUUUUGGUUUCUUUUCUAAAAUUUUCUAAUUUUUUAAGUUAAUAAUUGAAUAAAGGAUCUUUUUAAAUAGGA